CCCUCUCUUUGUUCUUUUUCUUCUUCUUCCUCUGAACUAAAACCCUAAACCCAUUGAGAGCUAUUGAUAGGUAGUAACGAUGUUCUCUCCCCCUGCUAAGAAAUCCACAUUAAGUGCUCGUAAAAAUGCCACAGUCCAAAGAGAUGGCAAUUCCACUCCGCUGGCCGAGAAUCGGAGGCCGCCGCUUGAUAGUCCCGCCGUCCCCAAUCGCCCCGCCACCGGAACCCCCGCCCCUUGGGCCUCUCGCCUUUCGGUCCUUGCCAGAAUCCCACCUGUGAAGAGAAGUGACAGAGGAGAUGAGGUGGAUGCUGAUCAGCCUGUAUAUGUAGGGGAAUUCCCUCAAGUAGUACGUGAUGCACAAAUCAUGUCCUUGCAGAACCAUGUGUCUGCUGGUGCAUCUAUCUCUGGUGGAAUGGACAAGGAGACAUCUCUAGCAUGGAUCAUUUGUGGAAACAGACUAUUUCUCUGGAAUUUCUUAUCCCCUGCUGCUUCAAGAGAAUGCACCGUCCUUGACCUUCCUUCUACAACAUCAGAAGAUGGAGACAUGGGCAAAAGUUCAUUUCAAACUAAUACUUGGUUAGUUUCUAUUGUCAACUGGGAUAGCUCCAAGAGAACUGCUAGCAAAGUUGUUAAAAGGUCGAGUUCUGCUGGGAUUGUAAUUUGUAACAAAAAGACUCGCACUCUAAUAUUCUGGCCAGAUAUCUAUAACGCUAACGGGAUGUCUCCUGUCAAACGUGUUGGUUUUUCUGAGUCAGAAGCUACUUAUCUGCAUCAGAAUGGAAGGGGCAUCUCCAGCAAGCAGCGGAAAAAUGACAAACUUGUUAAUAAUUUUACAAAAUCAUAUUUAAUAAACUCUUUGAUUGCUUCAGCAAUCCCUGCUGCCACAAACAGCUGUAUUGCUUUUGCAUGCAGUUCUAAUGGUGUGCUUUGGAGAUUCCUCUGCAGCCCCUCUGGUAUUCAGUGCACCCAGAUUGAGCAUGGCAUGUCCGAUACAUUUUCUCAAGGAAUUGACAGUAGCCCACUUGUGGCUAGUAAGGGCUACCCGAGGUCAUUGAUUUGGCACUCGUUUAGUCGUUCAUCAGAUGAACCUACAAAACAGUUUCUUCGACUAACUAAUCACGAGAUACAGUGCUUUGAAGUAAAACUUGCUUCUCAGUUUGAUGUGUCAAAGCUUUGGUCACAUGAAAUUAUUGGAACCGAUGGUGAUCUGGGUAUCCAGAAGGAUCUUGCUGGCCAAAAGAAAAUAUGGCCUCUUGAUUUGGAUGUCAAUAAUGAUGGAAAGGUAAUAACUAUUCUUAUCGCUAUCUUUUGUAAGGAUCGAGUGACCAGUUCAAGCUACACUGAAUACUCUCUUCUCACCAUGCAAUAUAAAUCUGGAGUAGAUAUUUCGAAGCCAAUAGGUGAAAAGAUAUUGGAGAAGAAGGCACCUAUCCAGGUGAUUAUACCUAAAGCAAGGGUAGAGGAUGAGGAAUUCUUGUUCUCAAUGAGAUUAAAGGUAGGUGGCAAGCCAGCUGGCUCUGCUAUUAUACUCUCUGGUGAUGGUACUGCAACCGUCUCCCAUUAUUGGAGAAACUCUACCAGACUCUAUCAGUUUGAUCUGCCUUAUGAUGCUGGAAAAGUUCUCGAUGCUUCAGUAUUCCCUUCAUCAGAAAACAAUGAAGAUGGAGCUUGGGCUGUACUUACUGAGAAAGCUGGAGUUUGGGCUAUACCUGAGAGGGCAGUUUUACUUGGUGGAGUUGAACCACCUGAACGAAGCUUGUCACGGAAAGGAAGUUCUAAUGAUGGAUCUCUACCGGAGGAGAGAAGAAACUUCUCUGUUGCUGGAAAUAUUGCUCCAAGGAGAGCCAGUUCAGAAGCUUGGGAUGCAUGUGAUAGGCAGAGGGCAGGCUUAACUGGAGUUCCACGUCGAAGCCCUCAAGAUGAGGAAUCAGAAGCUUUACUAAGUCAACUUUUCCAUGAUUUUCUCAUGUCUGGGCAGGUUGAUGGUGUACUCGACAAACUGAAAACUUCAAGGGCAUUUGAAAGAGAGGGGGAAAUAAAUGUAUUUACCAGGACAAGCAAAUCAAUUGUUGACACUUUAGCUAAACAUUGGACAACAACACGGGGCCCUGAGAUUGCUUUGUCUGUUGUGUCCACACAACUUGUAGAGAAACAGCAGAAGCAUCAAAAGUUUCUUCAAUUCAUUGCUUUAUCCAAGUGCCAUGAAGAAUUGUGUUCCAGACAGAGACAAUCUUUACAAAUUAUCAUGGAACAUGGGGAAAAGCUUGCAGGCAUGAUCCAACUGAGAGAACUGCAAAACACAAUUAAACAUGCCAAUGCAUCUGGACCUGAUUCCUAUUAUGGUUCAGAGACUCGGACUUCUGGAGCUCUUUGGGAUCUUAUCCAGUUAGUUGGUGAGAAAGCUCGGCGGAACACAGUUCUUUUGAUGGAUAGGGAUAAUGCGGAAGUAUUCUACAGUAAGGUUUCAGAUCUUGGUGAAGUAUUUCAUUGCUUAGAGAGACAGCUUGAUUAUGUUAUCAGUGGAGAUAUGCCAGUUCUUCUUCAAUUUCAAAGAGCUUGUCAACUCUCAGAGGCUUGUGUGACAAUAUUCCGUGCAGCCAUGCAAUAUAGGAGUCAACAUCACUUGUGGUAUCCACCUCCUGAGGGCUUGACACCAUGGUAUUCCAAAGUUAGUGUGUGGAGUGGGCUGUGGAGUCUUGCAACAUUCAUGCUUCAGUUACUCAAUGAAACAAAUCAUGUUGAUGAUUCUGCAAAGUCCAAUUUUUAUUCAAAUCUUGAAGUACUCUCUGAAGUAUUACUUGAGUCAUAUUCUAAUGCUAUCACAGCAAAAGUUGAACGCAAGGAAGAUCACAGGACUCUAUUGGAGGAAUAUUGGAAGCGGAGAGACACCCUUCUUGACUCCCUUUAUCAGCAAGUAAAAAAUUUUGUCCAAGCAAAACUACAGGAUUCAACUGAAGAAAAUGAGGAACAGAGUAAGGAUAUUAUGAUGGCACUUUCUUCAAAUCUAUUGUCUAUAGCAAAAAGACAUGAGGGCUAUCAAACUAUGUGGAGUAUAUGCUGUGACCUAGAUGAUUCUGAGCUCCUUCGAAGUCUCAUGCACGAAAGCAUGGGACCUAAAGGAGGUUUUAGUUGCUUUGUCUUUGAACAACUUUAUGGAAACAAACAACUUUCAAAGCUUAUGAGAUUGGGGGAAGAGUUUCAGGAUGAGCUAGCUAUGUUUCUGAAGCAGCAUCCUGAUCUUCUCUGGCUUCAUGAAGUGUUCCUACAUCAAUUUUCCUCUGCUUCUGAAACUUUACAUGGAAUAUCUCUUUCUAAGGAUGAUAAAUCAAUUUCAGCUGUUGAGGAGAUUGAUGGAUCCAGCAGCUCAAGGUGUACAUUAACUUUGGCGAAAAGAAAGCAUUUUCUGAAUCUUGCAAAAAUAUCAGCAGCUGCAGGAAAAAUUGCUGGUUAUCAGCUAAAAAUGAAGCGUAUUGAAGCAGAUAUGAACAUUCUACAAGUACAGGAAGAAAUAUUGAGGCUUAUACCAGAUAACGAAGAAAAGCAAUCAAUUGAACGCAGGCUUCUUCCUCCAGUAGACCUCAUUGAAUUGUGCCUUAAAAUUCAAAACCGGGAGCUAUCCUUGCGAGCCUUUGAUCUUUUCGCAUGGACCAGUGCGUCCUUUCUUAGAAGCAAUACCAGCCUAUUGGAAGAAUGCUGGAGAAAUGCUGCAAAUCAAGAUGAUUGGCAAAGUCUGCAUCAAAGGUCUAUAACUGAAGGAUGGAGCGACGAGACAACCUUGGAGGUUCUCAAGGAAACCAUACUUUUCCAGGCUUCCAGCAAGUGUUAUGGACCCUAUGCAGAAAGUUUUGAAGGUAAAUUCGAAGAAGUGCUUCCAUUGAGGCAGGAAAGUUCUGAACAUCCAAAUUUGAAAGAUACGAGUUCCUCUGUGGAGUCGGUCCUCAUGCAGCACAAGGAUUUUCCCGAUGCAGGUAAGUUGAUGCUGACAGCAAUCAUGCUGGGGAGCAUUUGGGUUGCCUCCACUGCAGAUUGUGGUCCGACUGGAAUGGAUUAUGAUGGGCCAUCUCCCAUGGAGUGAAGUAGUACUUCUUGGAUUCAUUUGUAGGUUUCUAUAAGUUGAAUCGAGGGUCUCUUUAAUCGUGAAUCAUGAGGGGGUUAAUCUUGUUGUACAUGAGAUGUACGAUGCGAUAUAUUUCAACUACUGGAUAAUAGUGAUGAAGUGAAGUUAGAAGUGCAUAUAUGAGAAUGGAUUGUAUGAAAAUUGAUGAUAGAAAUCCAGUGGAGUAGUUCCUAUACCCAAGUGGAUUGGAUGUACAAAAGGUUGAGAGGAAUUGAAGGCAGAAUUUGACGUA